AGUACACGCUGUACUCGCUCAUCUCUAGUGGAAAUGUUUCCUAAAGUGACUUCACCUUUAAAAGCUGUAUUUAAAAAUCUGUCAAUGGACUAAUGAUCAUUUUAUUCUGAAGGUGUAUGUCCUGUGUGCUCGUAUAUUAAAAUGUUCAACCAAAUGAAGCUGCUGAUCAUCAGUCAUCUUUCAUGUGUGAUCUGCUCUCCGGCCCCGCACCAUGUCGGGGGGGGCGGCGCGCGCCUCCAUCCGUCCAUCCAUCCAUGGCAGCUCUCUGACCCACUACUCUUUCCGGUUCGAUCGCGAGGGACGAACCAGUCCCGUCUCGAGUUGUCGAAGAUGCUGCAGAUCGGGGACGAGGCGGCGUGUUUCUCGGCGGUGUUCGCGCUGGUGGCGUUGGGCACGCGCAGCCCCACCGGGGCGUCUCUGCUCACCGCGUUCCUCUACGUCUUCGUGGUGAUGUUCCGCUUCCCCCCGGUGCCCGCGGAGCAGGCCGCUCGCGCCCUGCGGCCCGGGGCCCCGUCGGGCGGCGUCCCGGCGGUGGCGCUCGGCGGAGGCGGCCACGACGCGCCGGAGAACACGUUGGCGGCGAUCAGAGAGGCGAGUAGAAACGGCGCAACGGGAGUGGAGCUGGACCUGAGUUUGACAGCCGACGGCGUCCCCGUGCUGAUGCACGAUGAGACUGUGGACCGCACCACCAACGGCUCUGGACCCGUGAGCGGUCUGCAGCUGGUCCAAGUCAAGAAACUCGAUGCCGCUGCUCGCCACAGGUUGAAGGACAAGUUCAGCGGAGAGAAGGUCCCGACUCUGCAGGAGGCGGUGGAGGAAUGCCUCAGACACCGGCUGACCAUCUUCUUUGAUGUCAAAAGUCAACCUGAUAAGGCUGCAGCCGUGCUCCACGAGAUGUAUAAGAAGUAUCCUGUCCUUUACAAUUCCAGCAUUGUUUGUUCCUUUGAACCCAAAGUCAUCUACAAGAUGCGGCAGACGGACCCCAACGUGGUCACGGCUCUCAUCCACCGCCCCUGGAGGCUGAGCCGCUUCGACGACGGCACCGCUCGGUCCCUGUCCACGUCGGGUCAGCUGUGGCUGGGGGUCCUGGACGUCCUGUUGGACUGGGCCCACCACCACGUACUGUGGAAGCUCUGUGGUGUCUCUGCCAUCCUGGUGCACAAAGACUUCAUCUCGGUCGACUACGUUCAGUACUGGGCGGAGCGCGGUGUGGAGGUGGUGGGCUGGACCGUCAACACCGCUGUGGAGAAGGACUACUACCAGAAGGUGCUGCAGAUUGGCUACGUGACCGACAGUCUGCUGGAAGACAGCGACCCGCAUUACUGAGUGCUCGCACACAGCCACACACACAGGGGGAGGGAUGACUCAAAUAUCAAGUGUUUUCAACUCCUAAAACGAGACAUUUUACAGCUUCUGCAUGAACAAAUUAGUUGAAGACUCCUUUGUUUGAAAAGACUACAUAUUUACUGUAAUUAAGACAUGUGAUGUCAUUUUAAAGAAGGUAAAAUACUGACACAUAUGUACAAAAGAUGUAGAUGAUGUUAAUAAUAAAGUGGAGGGAUGCUAGUGUUAGAAAUACAAAUGAUUUACAAGGUUAGUCAUUACUGCAGCUACUAUUAUUUUACUUUAACUCUGCAGGUACGUGGUCUUUAUUCUACUAACAGCACAUACUCCUCCUGGAACAGGGUUUAGGGUCCUGUUACUUUAAGGUAUUUUCUACCUACUGUGCCAAUCUUUCAAGAAAUAUCAGUGUGAAUAGUUGUUAGACAUGUUUGGAACAUAUCUAUGCCUACUAUCAUGAGCUGUAUCAUCCAAUAGGGAUAUUCAUUGAUUGUUCAGUAUCUUGCCUUCUAUUAUUGCUCUUUAACUGCCAGAACUGCACAAACAGUAUUUUAAUUGAAAUAAUAUUGUUUUAUUGUGUUUAUUUAUUGAUAAUAUGUUUUAAUGCGCCAAAGGAGGGAAUGUAAAUGCGCAAUUGAGUACUAACACACAUGUGAGUGUUUGUCUCAGGAAUCCACAUAAAGUAAACUAUUAACUUCUUCAACUCCUUUUUAAAAUGAAUCCACCACAGAAGGAAAACUGUAUUUCUUGCCCCGAAAUGUAAAAACAAAAAUAAAAAAAAAUAAAAUAAUUAAUUACAAAGCCUCUAAUUAGAUUAAUAUUUUUAAUCGAGUCCCAGCCCUAAUAAUAUAUAUAUAU